CCUACCGGUCAAUCUGCGUGUUUUUACCUUUCUUACUUUACCAAAUAAAGCAAACUAUUCUAGACCCGGUCUAGUAUAGUUUGACCGGUCAAGUAAUUUACACCAUCAUUUUUUGCGCCGACCGUGGGACCGUUAAGGUUUCUUUUCUUCUAAACACAAACCUACCCACGAAAACACCACUCAAAAUGUCUUCAAGCCAACAAAUCAACGCUACUUCCACUCAGGUGCAAGCCACCAAUGAGGGUACCAGCAUCCCUGUGGCUGCUACCCUACCGGUCAUUUCAGCCCCGGUGUUGCCUUUGGGUCUGAGCUCCGUCCCAACGCCUAGCGUGAUCAGCCCAUUCACGACCCCCGUCCCUUCCGCUGGACCGAGGGUCACGUUCCCACCAAGCAUGACUCAGUUCAUGAAUGACCCAGCCAACCUACAAGCCAUCCAGGGCUUUGGCCAGGUCAUUGCCAUGUGCCAACAGAAUGGGGGGAUGCCUUUUCUCCCUGGUAUGUUCCCGUUUGCUCUUCCAGGCGCGGGGACCGUGCCCCUACAAGCUCCAAUGGCAGUGACGCCGUUCCAGACGCCGAUACCGCAGCUGGUCAGCACCAUGGCCCCUGUCAACUUGACUGGCGCGCUUAACGCUGCAGGGCCAUCGCGUCCCCCGCAAGGUACGAAUCCGCAAGUCACCCCUGAUGGUCAUUGCGUCUCAGUUGAGAGUGAUGACGGCGAGUGGGACGUUCCGAGGGCUCACAAGAAGAAGAAGGGAAAAACUAUCCGCCCAGCAACUUCCCGAAACUCCGCCUUCGAAAGGCUGGGGGACAGGGAAGAGGGCCAGAGAAAGUCCGCCAAACAGAGGCUGGGGCAGAGCGUUGCUCAUGUCAGCGCAUUCGCCCGGUUAGGUGAGGUGCGGGAAGCCGAGCCUGCCCGCACCCGGUGCUCCCGGUCCAACCGGCAGGAGCCAGCGAGGACGAGGGCCUCUCGUCAGGAAGAGGAAGCAGAGAGCCAGCCCAGGUUACCAGUGGCGAACUGGUUGACCAUCCCAAAUGACCGCGUCCAGCAGAUGGAGGCAAAACUAGAGAGGCUGGAAAAGAAGACCUUGCAGAACCGAGCCACUGAAUGGUUCAAUAAGCUUCGCCCAGGAAGCAUUGAUUCGUUCAGUGAUUUGGCCUCGAAGUUCAAGGCCAAGUUCCAGGAGAAUUGUACUAAGAGGAAGAAAUUCACCUAUCUUAGUACAGCCGGGCAGAGAGAGUCUGAGAACCUUACUCAGUUCCUUACUCGGUGGAAGGAAGAGGUAGACAAGGUGGAAGAGAUGGAUGACAAAACUGUCUUAUCCCUCCUCUUGAAUGGCUUGCGUGCUGGGGAACUAUACAAGGAGUUCUGCCGGAAACCCCAGGCCACGUACCAAGAGGCCUACCAUACUGCAUGGGAGUUUGCUGAGGCUGAAACUCAACUCCGGGCGAAGAAAGAAGCCGAGCAUGACAGUGGAGAACUGGGCAAGGAUUACUUGCAGAAAGCCCAGGAGAAGAGUCAUCAAUGGGUUAGGCCAGCUGCCCCGGGAGAUGACCGGGACAACGACCGGCGGAGGAAUAACUGGCCAAGGGAGCGGCAACCUGCUCCCAAAAAAGAGCACAUCGGCAUGAUCUUCAGCGGACCUGAGGGUGGAGAUUCAGCCGCGCAGCGGAAGAACUGGGUCCGGAGCAUUUACGUUGGUGAAGUAAGUGCUGAACCGGCCAGGCGUAAACAUACUAGGAGUGAGCCGAUCGUCUUUACUGACCGGGAUCUCCCUCCUACCGGUGAAGAUCACAAUGAUCCAUUGGUCAUCACCUUGGACAUUAAUGGGGUGGAUAUCGCCCGGGUACUUGUUGACACCGGCAGCAGUGUCAACAUCUUAUACCUGGAGACUUUCCAAAAACUCAGGUGUUGUCGAACACAACUUGAACCCCUCAAAACCCCUCUCUCAGGCUUCACGGGAGACACCGUUGAAGCUGAAGGAUCCAUAGUUCUACCGGUCGAACUAGGAUCAGGCAUCAAUAGAGUCGGGGCGGUGAUUUCCAUGCCUCAUCUAUGCAUGAAGUUCCACACUCCAGGUGGUGUGGGUGAGGUAAAGGGUGACCAGAGGAAUGCCCGGGAAUGCUAUGCCCGGGCAGUCAGGAAGAUGACCAAGGGAGUCAAUGUCAUCUCCCAAGAAAUCACAAAGGGAGAAACCCAGGAGAAAUUGGAGCCCGAGGCCGAGACGGUGGAAAUCGAACUUCACCCGGGUGAUUCUUCGAGGAUGGUCAGAAUUGGAGCAAAUCUCCCCGAAGAUCUCAAGGCAGAGAUUACACGGGUCCUCCAAGAAUACGCGGGCAUAUUCGCAUGGAGCGUGGUGGAUAUGCCCGGAAUAGAUCGCUCUGUUAUCUGCCACCGGUUGGCCGUGAGGGAAGGAAGUCGACCGACCAACCGGUCACCAAACCCGCUGAGCAGUGGUGGGAGAUCCGGUCCUAGAGGAUACGGGGGCGGUAUCGUGUUCACCACCCCAGAAGGGUUCAAGAUCUACCAUGCAAUCGUCUUCAACUUCAAGCUGACGAACAAUGAGGCAAAGGAAGGACGCAUGGCACAAUACAAGGAGCUCGUGCUUACCCUGUUGAAAGGCUUCGAGGAAUUCAAGAUCGCCCAAAUUCCCCGGGCGCAGAACGCGGAUGCAGAUCUUCUCUCCAAGUUGACGCAGUAUACUCUCAAGCAUGUUUCAAAACUUGCCUGGGUGGAAAUCCUGGAUCGAGCCAGCAUUGAAAAAUUGGAAGUCGCUGCUAUAACAGCCGGAAGCCAAUCUGACCGGUCAAACCUGGUCGGGGCGUACGACCAUUGGAUGUAUGAUCUGAUGGAAUAUUUGAUGCAUGGGAACUUGCCAGAACAGGAUGAUCGGGCAAGAAAAGUGAAGCUCAGGGCACCCCGAUUCCAGGUUCUUGAUGGAAAGCUGUAUAAAAGGGCAUUUGGGGGGCCACUCCUAAGAUGUCUAACUAACCGGGAGGCUGAGCGAGUCAUAGCGGAGGUCCACGAAGGCGUAUGCGCGGCGCACCAAAUGUCUCCAAGGCUGCCCAUCGAAGCUGAAUUCCCAACAUUCCGGGAAUCAAAUUAUCAACCCCAGCAAAAUGAAGAAGACCAUCUAGCCGAGCUCAACUUGGUCGAGGAACGAAGGAUGGCGGCAGAGGUGAGGAUGAGUACAUACCAACAAGUUGUGAAGAAGUACCAUGACAACAAGGUGGGGCCGCGAUACUUCACAGUUGGAGAUGAAGUCCUACGAAGAAGAGAAGCAAGUAGACCAGGCGAUGGGGGAAAGCUGACCAAAAACUGGGAAGGGCCAUACCGGGUGAGAGCCAUCAUUCGCCCGGGAACCUACCGGUUAGAAACUCUAGACGGGAUACCGGUAGAAAGAACUUUAAAUUCCCAUCAUCUUCGCAAAUUCUACAAAUGAUUGUAAUACUAGGCGAGGCCUAAUUACCUUAUCAAUCAAAAUGAUAUUCAAUACUCUACAUGGUAACAGCAAAAGGGAUAGGUCGAACCUACCCUAGGAGGGCUUCCCGGGUGGAUCGAAUCCACUUGGAUAAGCCAACUAAGACACAGGCCCGGACCUGGCACGCUGGUUACUACACCGGUCUUGCUCAGUAUAAUAGAAAAAAUAUUAAAACCCGGA